AUGAGUAAGGAACUGUCUCUCGGUCAGUCAGCUCAAUAUGUUGGGCCCUACCGACUGGAAAAAACACUGGGGAAGGGACAGACGGGACUGGUCAAGCUUGGGGUCCAUUGUAUUACGGGUCAGAAGGUAGCGAUCAAAAUAGUCAACAGAGAGAAGCUGUCUGAGUCAGUCCUGAUGAAGGUUGAGAGGGAGAUUGCCAUUCUGAAACUGAUUGAGCAUCCGCAUGUGUUGAAGCUGCAUGAUGUUUACGAGAAUAACAAAUACCUGUACCUGGUGUUGGAGCAUGUGUCGGGAGGAGAGUUGUUUGACUACCUGGUGAAGAAGGGCCGGUUGACUCCGAAAGAGGCCAGAAAGUUCUUCAGGCAGAUCAUCUCUGCUUUGGAUUUCUGCCACAGUCACUCCAUCUGUCACAGAGACCUGAAGCCCGAGAACCUGCUCCUGGAUGAAAAGAACAACAUCCGUAUCGCUGACUUUGGCAUGGCCUCCCUACAGGUGGGAGACAGUCUGUUAGAGACCAGCUGUGGAUCACCACAUUAUGCAUGCCCUGAAGUUAUACGGGGGGAGAAAUAUGAUGGGCGGAGAGCAGACGUGUGGAGCUGUGGGGUCAUCCUUUUUGCUCUGCUGGUGGGCGCCCUGCCUUUUGACCAUGACAAUUUACGCCAGCUCCUGGAGAAGGUGAAGAGCGGGGUGUUCCACAUGCCCCACUUCAUCCCCCCGGACUGCCAGUCCCUGCUCAAGGGCAUGAUUGAGGUCAACCCUGAAAAGAGGCUCACGCUAGAGGCCAUCCAGAAACAUGCCUGGUAUCUGGGCGGUCGUAAUGAGCCGUGUCCUGAGCAGCCUCCUCCCAGGCGAGUGUGUGUGAGGCGAAUCUUGUCCCUGACUGAGCUGGACCCAGAUGUGUUGGACAGCAUGCACUCGCUGGGUUGUUUCCGAGAUCGAGUCAAGCUCACGCGUGAUUUGCAAUGUGAAGAGGAAAACCAGGAGAAGAUGAUCUACUACCUACUGCUGGACAGGAAAGAGCGCUACCCCAGCUAUGAGGACGAGGAUUUGCCUCCGCGCAAUGACGUAGCAGACCCUCCUCGAAAGCGUGUUGACUCUCCUAUGUUGACACGUCACGGCCGCUGCCGCCCGGAGAGGAAAAGCCUGGAGGUGCUGAGUGUUACUGAACAGGGGUCUCCUACUCCACCUCGCAGGGCCCUGGACACAGCUGCGCACAGCCAGAGGUCUCGCUCAGUCAGUGGAGCAUCAACUGGUCUGUCCUCCAGCCCUCUCAGCAGUCCCAGGGAGCCCAAACAGGGAAGCACCACUACUCCUCGCUCAGCACGGGCUCAUGACAAGCCCAAAGCUCCCCCCAACCCAAAGACCCAGACCCUGCCCACCAAGGGACCUGCCGACCGACCCCAUCUGCAGCCCAUCAAAUCCCUGCCUCUGCACAACCCAUCCUCCCGCUCACCCUCCCCCUCUCCGCUCCUGUCACCCAUCCCCCGUUUCUUCUUCCCCUCGUCCUCUGUCCUAAAGUCAGUGACUAAGAGCUUCUACCCAAACUCUGCCCACUCUGUGCCGCAGGUCACUCCCCAAGGCUCUCCGUUGCCCACACCCCUGGGCACCCCUGUCCACCACCCUCACCACCCCUCCUCCACCCCGCCCUCCUCUUCCUCGUCCUCGUCCUCCUCGCGGGCGGAGGGAGGGGGAGGGGUGGGCUCGCUGUCGCUGACCCCGCCUUCCAGCCCAGGAGGGGGAAGCGGCAUGGCGGCCAGCAGCUCUGCCCACUGGAGGACUCGCCUCAAUUCUUUCAAGAACAACCUGCUGGGAUCACCCCGCUUCCAUCGCCGCAAACUGCAAGUUCCCACAUCAGAAGACAUGUCCAGUCUAACACCAGAAUCCAGCCCUGAGCUGGCCAAGAAGUCGUGGUUUGGGAAUUUCAUCGGUUUGGAGAAAGAGGAGCAGAUCUUUGUGGUGAUCAGAGACAAACCCCUGAGUUCUGUCAAAGCCGACAUUGUCCACGCCUUCCUGUCUAUCCCGUCGCUCAGUCACAGCGUCCUCUCCCAGACCAGCUUCCGGGCCGAGUACAAAUCCUCCGGCGGCCCCUCCGUCUUCCAGAAGCCCGUCAAGUUCCAGGUGGACAUUGCCUUCUCCGAGGGCGAGAGGGAGCGGGACAGGGAGAGGACCGAGAGGGAAGGCAGGAGGGAGACAGGAAUCUACAGCGUGACGUUCACCCUCAUAUCAGGUCCGAGUCGCAGGUUCAGACGAGUGGUGGAAACGAUUCAAGCUCAGCUUCUCAGCUCCCAUGAUCAACCCAUGGUGCAAGCCCUAUCUGAUGAGAAGAAUGGCCGGCCCCACGGGACCCCCACCCGCCAAAACUCGAGGCGCUCCGAGGGUGGGGGCGACAGGUGCGAGUGGGGCGACCGGGCAGAUGGCGGAGGCAUAGGAGGCAGCGGAGGAGUUCUGCAGCGCAGAGGCUCGGCAAAAGAGAGAACCCGACUGCUGUCCUCCAAUGGAACCCAAUCCCAACCAUAGGAUAGAAAGCGUGACCAAGUAGCAGGAUGCUUGAACUACACCGGAAAGAAGAAGACAGUAUAACUUCAUCUCCAAGUGUCCCUGCAAGCCAUGAGCUACUCCUAAUCUUCCUUGACUAAGUUGAAGGUGUUGGACCAUAGCAAGGAUUGAGCC